AUGUCGUCGAUUCUAACUAACCCGCUCUACCGUCCUCUUCUAGAGAUCGUUAAGUCGGCCCGGAACGGUAUUGUUUAUGGAGGAAAAAUCAGAUUUCUGCAUGCUUUGGUCAUCAACUUGCUCUAUCGUUCUGGACCUCCUUUACCCCGAUUGCGGGAGAUUCUUCAAGCUACAAAGAACCAUGCCGAAGUAUUAGCUGGUUUUGCCAUCAUUUACAAGAUUUGCUGCAAAAUUUUGGCCAGCGACUCUUUCUUAGGUCCCAAAAACGGUAGGCUUAUCAAGUUUUUAUCAGGAGCGUUUGGCUCGUGGAUCGUGUACUCGCAGCACUUUGGCUACUUCCAUCCCGGGAUAACCCACCAGAUCACGUUGUACUGCUUCUCCAGAGUGUUGAUUGCAGUAGGAAAGAUACUAUUGGAUUCGUAUUUGGGUCAUGCUCAGCCUCAGUUCAAGAACUACAACGGUAACAUCAUUCUCUUCAAGGAUCUCACCCCCAACCAACAGAAAAAGUUGAAAUCAGCGAUAUACAACAGAUCAUGGAAGUAUUUUGCAGUGUUCACCUGGGCUCUAGUGAUGCUCAUCUACGACUACCAACCGCAAUACUUGCAGAGCUCGUUGAGACACAGCAUGGCUUACAUUUACGAUGUUGAAAUGGAUACCUGGAGCACCUGGAAGGACUUCAUAGGUUUAUAG